AUGUCUUUCUGUCUGUACGAGUUGGCGCUACACCAGGAACUGCAGGACCGAGCACGUCAGGAAGUAACAACCGUUCUGAAGAAUCAUGGCAAUUCCAUCACCUACGAGGCAGUGCACGAGAUGAAAUACAUUGAGAUGUGCAUUAACGAAUCACUGCGAAAGUAUCCACCGGCGACCACUUUGACCAGGAAGAUUACCAAGGACUACCGAGUUCCGUUCGAGUGCAGUUCUCCGGUGCUGAACAAGGGGCUGAACGUGCUGGUUCCUGUGUACGCCAUUCACCACGAUCCCGAUUACUAUCCCGAACCGGAGCGCUUUGAUCCGGAGCGGUUCUCGGCGGAAGAAUGUGCUAAACGUCAUCCGUUCGCUUUUCUGCCGUUCGGUGAAGGUCCGCGCAUUUGCAUCGGUAUGCGCUUCGGGAUGAUGCAGGCCAGGAUUGGAUUGGUGUACCUGUUGAAGCACUUCCGCUUUACGCUCGUAUCGCACAAGAUGCGUGUGCCGCUGAAGAUCAACCCGUCCAGCCUCAUCCUGUCCAUCGAGGGUGGACUAUGGCUGAAUGUCGAAAAAAACGUUCUCACGAUGUGGGUCACUUUGUUAGUCCUGACACUGCUGGCGGCCACCUACUGGGUCCGGCAGCGUAUGUCCUACUGGAAGCGGCGUGGAGUUCCUGUCGUGGAACCGUCGUUCCCGCAGGGGAACCUACAUGGUGUCGGCAAAAAGUAUCACAUCUCCGAGGUACUCCAGAACUGCUACAAACAGCUGAAAGGAUCGGGCAAUCCGUUCGGUGGCUUCUACUUCUUCAUCAACCCAUCGGCACUGCUGCUGAACUUGGAUCUGGUCAAAAACGUGCUGGUGAAGGAUUUCGAAUACUUCCACGAUCGCAACGUGUACCAUAAUGACCGCGAUGAUCCCCUCGCGCGCCAUCUGGUCGCCAUGGAGGGUUCCAAGUGGCGUAAUCUGCGCGCCAAGCUAACACCGACAUUCACCUCCGGGAAGAUGAAGAUGAUGUUCGCUACGGUGACGGCCGUUGCGGAGCAGUUCACGCAUUGUCUAACGGAGACGACCGCGGACAAUCCGGAGGUCGAAAUGAAGGAUCUGCUGGCGCGGUUCACGACCGACGUGAUCGGUACGGUUGCGUUCGGACUCGAAUGCAACAGCUUGAAAGAUCCGCAGGCCAAGUUCCGCGUCAUGGGCCGUAAAGUGUUCCAACCGUCUUCGUAUCGUGUGAUGAAGUUUUUCUUGGCCAGCCAGUUCCAGGACUUGGCGCACAUGCUGCGCGUCACGCUCACGCCACCGGAUAUUACCGAGUUCUUUAUGGGCGUUGUGAAGGACACGGUGGAAUACCGGGAGAAAAACAAUGUGCAACGCAACGACUUUAUGACGCUGCUGAUGAAUAUUAUGAAGGACCAAGAAAAGGCGAUGCCGGGGACAACCGAUUCCGGGGACCGCCUCACGACGGAAGAUAUGGCUGCUCAGGCAUUCGUUUUCUUCCUGGCCGGUUUCGAGACGUCUUCGACAACGAUGUCUUUCUGUCUGUACGAGUUGGCGCUACACCAGGAACUGCAGGACCGAGCGCGUCAGGAUGUGAUCACCGUUCUGAAGAAUCAUGGCAAUUCGAUCACCUACGAGGCAGUGCACGAGAUGAAGUACAUUGAGAUGUGCAUUAACGAAUCAUUGCGGAAGUAUCCACCGGCGACAACUCUGACCAGGAAGGUUACCAAGGACUACCGAGUUCCGUUCGAGUGCAGUUCUCCGGUGCUGACCAAGGGGAUGAACGUGGUGAUUUCGGUGUACGCCAUUCACCACGAUCCCGAGUACUAUCCCGAACCGGAGCGCUUCGAUCCGGAGCGGUUUUCGGCGGAAGAAUGUGCCAAACGCCAUCCUUUCGCUUUUCUGCCGUUCGGUGAAGGUCCGCGCAUUUGCAUCGGUAUGCGUUUCGGGAUGAUGCAGGCCAGGAUUGGCUUGGCGUACCUGCUGAAGCACUUCCGCUUUUCGCUCGUGUCGCACAAGAUGCGUGUGCCGCUGAAGAUCAGCUCGUCCAGCCAAAUACUGUCCAUCGACGGUGGACUGUGGCUGAAUGUCGAAAAGUUGUGA